UUUUUUUUUCUCGCUCUAUCGUUCUUGGUCGUUGGGCAGGGUGCCCGAGGGUCGGAAAUUCAAUAAACUGCCCAUUCACCGAUCGCGGCUUCGUUCCUGCCCUUGAAGAGACCCGAUUCUGAGCUCAGCGCUGUUGUGCCUGCCACUUCCCGCUUCGGGUGUUUAAAACCGCGGGGCAGGCGAUGUGGCUAUAGGGACACGCCGCUAGACGGGACGCCCUGACACACACGACGUUCCGCGGUAUAUACCAACUCCCCAAGGUGACAAUGAGGCCGCGACUGGUAUGCGAUCCACCACUGGGCUUUGUGACGCCCAUACAAGGCAGCCAGGCUUGCUUCACCUUCGCCAUCUCGCUGUGCUAUGGGCCAGGGGCUCACGGCAACGUCGACCGCGUUUCGGAAGUUGUUGUCUGGCACGAUAAUACUGAAGACGGCACCUGGGCGGAGCUGGCAUUGAUGCACCGCUUAGGCUGCCUCCCCCAAGGGAGUGAUGGCAGAAGCGUAUACUUCAGCGGCUCCCUUGCAAGGGCUUCGGGCCAUGUCUCGAGCUUCCGGUUCACCGUCAAGUUCCGACUCGAAUCCGAUACCCAAUGGCAAUGGGCCAAGGAAAUAUCAAGACUGGGCGAUGGGGAGGUCAUAUUUGUUCCCCAACAGCUGCCGAACGAUAGCCUUAUUUGCUACCUCACGAGCCCAGACCAUGAUAUUCACAUCGAGCCCGGGCUUGAAAAGUCCGAGGCUUGCCUCAGCUGGGAGCUGUCCAUAUCCGUUGCUGCUGCCCAAGGACGACGGUCCGGAUAUUCCACUGUCACUCUGGGCACGCCAGUCCGUGCCUUGCGAUGGUUUGCCAUCGUGAGGCAUAAUGAGGCAUGGUUCGGUCCUCGCCAGGGCCGCGGUCGAGUUUCCCUUGACAAGGAUGGGAUUUUAGUAUCUAUUCUCAGAGAUGAUGGCAUACAUCUCGUGAUGCUGGCCUUGAGUUUCGGGGACGUCCUCACAACACUCAGCUCUGAUAACAACGGGAAUAUCCUAGCUCGAUGCCGCAAUGACAGGCCAUCCACAGGCACAGGGCGUGUCUUUGUCGCCACAGCGACGCAAGCCGACGUCGCGAUCGCUACCGUGUUCGGGGCAGCCAGGAACCUUGUCCGUUCAUAUGCUCGGAAAGAAAGUAUAGGUUGCCACACUGAGCCUGCUGCACAGGCCAAGCAUCAGCUGGAGGACUGGCACGAUGGACUCGCCUACUGUACCUGGAACGGACUGGGACAGAACUUGACACCCGCCAAGAUAAUAGAUGCUCUUGACAGGCUGGGCUCAAGUGGGAUUCACGCUACAAAUCUGAUUAUCGACGACAACUGGCAGUCUCUGGACUUUGCUAGCGAAUCCAAUUUCCAGCACCGCUGGACCGCCUUCGAAGCCAACAAGGAGAAUUUCCCAGGCGGCCUCAAAGCUCUAACCUCGGUGAUACGCCGCCGCUUCCCCUUCAUCCGAAACAUCGCGGUCUGGCAUGGGGUCUUUGGGUAUUGGGGUGGCGUAGCCCCCACUGGUGACAUUGCCCAGACGUACACCUUGCGAACAGUAAAGCGGCGCGAGGGCAUAUGGCUUGGCGGAGGGGACAUGACCACGGUGGACGGACCCGAUGCCCACUCGCUGUUUGAUGAUUUCUACCGCUUUCUUGUGGAGUCUGGGGUGAACGCCGUCAAGACUGACACGCAAAGCUUUCUGGACUACCCCGAGCAUGCGGACGACCGGUCGGCGCUCACAGCAUCUUAUCAGAAAGCAUGGCGUUCUGCCCUUGUCAAGCACUUUGACGGGAAAGCCAUUGCAUGCAUGGCCCAGAUCCCCCAGAGUAUUCCCGAGUUUCUGAGGGACGACUGGCCUGUAUUAAUGAUGCGGAACUCGGACGACUUCUUUCCCGACGAUGCAGGCUCCCACACUUGGCAUGUCUUCUGCAACGCACAUAUUGCUCUCCUUAGCCAGCAUCUACGCAUCUUUCCGGAUUGGGACAUGUUCCAAACAGUGCACCACUUUUCGCGAUUCCAUGCCGCCGCACGUUGCCUAUCUGGCGGCCCAAUAUAUAUCACUGACAACCCUGGCCAGCACGACGGCAACCUUAUCGAAGAGAUGACAGCAAAGACCCCUGAUGGCCGGCUGCUGAUUCUACGACCAGAGGUAGUUGGGAGAACGGCAGAAAUGUACCUCGAGCAUACGGACGGUCGGCUUCUAAGGAUACAGGCGCGGCACGGUCAAGCCUCGAUGCUUGGACUCUUCAACAUGGGCUCCGCGGCCCUAACCGAGCUUGUGUUUCUGCGAGACUUCCUCUCCUCCCCAGAUACGAAUCCUUCCGCCAAAUUCAUUGUAUACCGGCAUGGGUCAGCCAGGCUCACAGGCCCAUACACGCUCUGUUCCGAUGAUCCUGUCGCGGAGCUCACGAUUGCGGAACGGGGUGCUGAAAUUUUGACAGCGCAUGUUGUGCGCAAGGUUGGCGGCUCUGGUCUGGCCAUCCUGGGUCUGCUUGGGAAGAUGUCUGGCGCGGCAGCGAUAAUCGCAACCGAGUAUCACGAGCAGCCGUCUUCUUCGACGCUCCAGCUUCGGGUGUCUCUCAAAGCGCUAGGAAUCCUUGGUAUUUAUACCUCGUGUCCUAGCUUCGAGCCCAGCUCGGUCGGGGUCGUCGCCCGAGGGUCAGAGGCCCAGGACCUCGGCAGGCACCUCGAAUUCGCGGACCAGAUACUCAGACUUGAUUUAGUAGGCAUAUGGGAAAGCUUCAACAAGCUGCCGUGCGGCAAGAAGGAUUCCAAUGUUGAUCUUGUCAUCACAUUUCCGGUCUGAGCUGCACGUCGCCGCCAUGGUCACUUACGGGGCUGUAUUGCUUUUUCUUUCCCUUCUCUCAUUUGAACAGCUCAUAUCUCUGCCUUGUGAAAGCUCCCACAAUGCGUACGCGCUUGGACUCGGUGCCGCGCGGGGUGCAUUUACUAGGCCGCUGAAGGGCGAGCCGACGAUAGGCGUGAGACCAGACAUAUUCCAAAAUACAAACAACCAUUCCCAGUGGGCG